UCCCGCUACCCGCUGGUGCUGCGGGUCCCCGUGGGGUGACAGUCUGACACGGCGACAGGGCGGUGACAGGGCGACAGAGCGACCUCUCCGGCGCUGCCUCCUCGCUGGGAGCGAGCGCAGCCCCUCCGCUCCUGCUUUCCCGCAGCUCCCGCUUCCCUCCUCGCUGCCCUUCCUGCCUCGGGGGUCGCCCGCGAUCGCAAAAUGGCCGACGGGCGGGACGACGCCGCGGACCAGCUGAAGCAGUGGAAGAGCCACCGGGGCUCGCAGAAACCAGAUGUCUUGACCACUGGUGCUGGGAACCCCAUAGCGGAUAAGCUGAAUAUUCUGACAGUGGGGCCACGCGGACCUCUUCUUGUCCAAGAUGUUGUUUUCACUGAUGAGAUGGCUCAUUUUGACAGAGAGAGGAUUCCUGAAAGAGUUGUGCAUGCAAAAGGGGCAGGAGCCUUUGGCUAUUUUGAAGUCACUCAUGAUAUCACCCAGUAUUGCAAGGCAAAAGUGUUUGAGCACAUUGGGAAAAGAACUCCCCUUGCUAUUCGAUUCUCCACUGUUGCUGGAGAAGCCGGGUCAGCUGAUACAGUUCGUGACCCUCGAGGCUUUGCAAUGAAAUUCUACACGGAAGAUGGGAAUUGGGAUCUUGUGGGAAAUAAUACUCCCAUCUUCUUUAUUCGGGAUGCAAUGCUGUUUCCAUCCUUUAUCCAUAGCCAAAAGAGGAACCCUCAGACUCAUUUGAAGGAUCCAGACAUGGUGUGGGACUUCUGGAGUCUUCGUCCUGAGUCUUUGCAUCAAGUGUCUUUCCUGUUCAGUGAUCGUGGAAUUCCCGAUGGUUAUCGCCACAUGAAUGGAUAUGGAUCACAUACUUUUAAACUGGUUAAUGCUGAGGGAAGAGCAGUUUAUUGCAAAUUCCAUGCCAAGACUGACCAGGGCAUCAAAAACCUCUCUGUAGAAGAAGCAGGAAGAUUGGCUUCUACUCCAGAUAAUACUAUGAUAAUGUUGGUUUUAAUGUAUGUGUGUUAUGUCUCAUAGGUUUGGCCACAUGGUGACUACCCUCUCCAACCUGUGGGGAAGCUGGUGUUGAACAGGAAUCCUGUCAACUACUUUGCAGAGGUGGAACAGAUGGCAUAUGAUCCAAGCAACAUGCCACCUGGGAUUGAACCUAGCCCUGAUAAAAUGCUGCAGGGACGUCUGUUUUCAUACCCUGACACUCACAGACACCGCCUGGGCCCAAAUUAUCUCCAAAUCCCUGUGAACUGCCCCUUCAGAGCCCGUGUGGCCAAUUACCAGAGGGAUGGACCAAUGACUGUUACUGACAACCAAGGUGGUGCCCCAAAUUAUUACCCCAAUAGCUUUACUGGUCCAGAAGAUCAGCCUCAGCUUAAGGAGAACCGAACGUUCGUUUCAGGGGACGUGCAGCGCUACAACAGUGCCAAUGAGGACAAUGUGACUCAGGUACGGGAAUUCUACCUCAAAGUACUGAAUGAGGCAGAACGCCAAAGGCUCUGUAAAAACAUUGCUGAGCACCUGAAGGAUGCACAACUCUUCAUCCAGAAACGAGCUGUGAAAAACUUCACUGAUGUUCAUCCUAACUAUGGUGCCUGUAUCCAGGCUUUGCUGGACAAGUACAAUGCUGAGAGUGGGAAAAAGGAUGUGAUUAGGACAUACAGACAGUCCACAUCUCCUAUGUCUGUCAAGGAAAGAUCCAACUUGUAAAACAUCCUGCAGAGAUUUGCUUUAUGAAUUUUGCAUCCCUACAACUGCACAAGAACCAGUUGAACACGUUCAUGAACGUAGCACAUCUUGGCCCAAACACGGGAGUGUUCUAAGGGGUGAUUUGUUGAGCUUCCAAGUGCUUUUAUCUGUAUUGGAAACCAGGUAACAGGAGCUAAUGAUCCCCUCAAUAGUGCCUUUCAACACGAGUGCUUUACUGCUUGAUAUGGUGUUUUUAAAGGCAAUUCAUGGUUAGAAAUUCUCUUUUAAUCAAAAUACUGUCUAAUUUUGUUGUGUCAAACUUUCCUGGCUAAAUCACACAGUAGGAUUUCUAUAACGACACUGUGAUUGUCCUCAUGGAUAAAUUUGUAAUGUUAAAAAAUUGAUGUUGCUCAGUUAUUUCUUAUGAAAUGGUUAUCUAUAUGUAUUUGUAAAUGCAUCCUUUAAAUUUCAGUUUUGGCCUUCCAGAAGUAAAAUGUGAUGCAGAAGUUUGAGUAAAAUGUUGGUAUGUCUCAUUCCUUAUGGUAGAAAUGAAGUUAACUACAAAAUUUAAUCUCAGUAUAAGUACAUUUUAUCCCAAUAUGUAUUUUAAGAUAAUCUUUGCUUGCUAAUGCUUGGUUGGGAUAUAACUGACAUAGCGGACAUAGGAAAGGAUAUUUUCUUAUUCCAUACACUGUCCAAGAAAUUUGAUUCCAUCUUAAAGUCCUUUCAGGCGUAGGGAGGUAAAUUGUUCUUUCUAAUCUGUAAGAAUUUAAAUAGAAAAAUAUAAAUAUGCCAACUAUUUGGCAGAUUAACCUCCAAAUGCACAAAUAUUUUUAACUUGGCCUAAUUCAAGCUCAGGGCCUUUCAAAAUUAUUCCAAAUGGUUCCUGAAAUUCUGUUGUUUUACUGCAAUAAUCUGAUAUUGCUAUUUCUGAAUCAAGCCAGAGCUAGUUUUCAGAAUAAGACUUUAAAGUGGAGUGUUCUAAUGAAUGUAGGUAUCUAGAAAAUAUGUAUAAAGCCUGAUUUUAGGCAUGUUUAAUGUUACCUAAUUUCAUCAGUGUCCAAGCUAAAUACAGAGCAUUUCAGAGCCGAGCUACUAACUCUUAACUCAGGCAAAUGUGAUAAAAACAUCAAAUCAUGGCAGUUUGGAGGUGAUUUUUCAAUAUUCAGCGCACUUUUGGGUCUGUCUUGAGUUGUAUUUUGAAUAGGAUUAUUUCCUGAUUUGACAUUUAAGUGGGAAUUCCCAGAAGUGAUGGCAGAUAAUAAAGAAAAGUACAUACUAAGUGCUGUCCCAUUAAAUUAGAAAGCUAUUUAUUAAAAUUAAGUAGAAAGCUACUAAUCACUGCAACUCAGUGAUCUACUAACAUAUAGUGUUAAAUUAUCUGGGAUAGAGGUGCAGUAAAAUAAUAUGAACUGAUAACCUAUUGUAUUCUGGAAUUCCAUUGGAUUUUUACCUGAUCAGGCAGGUGGGAGCUGUGAAAGAGCUACGUGAUUAGGUGGGAAUAUUUCUUGUUGGAACAUUGAAUCCUAAUGAGUUUUGGAAAAGAGUAAACAAGGCCUAAUCUUCUUAAUUUUGGUUGUGUCUGCUAAGUGAAUUAUAUUGUUGUCUUCUUUUGCUUCUGAAAUAAACUGAAUUUAAAAAUC